AUGUAUUGUUACGCCACAGUUGUCGCGCUUUUGAGCGCGCAGAUCGUCGGUGCUCUUCCUCAAUCACAAUGGACAGCUGUGUCAGGAGAUGAAGUGGUUCGCGCUGCUGUCGCGUUUCACCAGCCUAAGCUUGCGGAAGCAGAAGCGUUGUUGAUGGAUAUUUCGGAUCCUACGUCAGAGAAGUUUGGACACUAUCUUGAGCUCAGGGAAGUGCAAGACUUCUUUAAACCCAGCGACAGUUCACAGAAAAAAGUCCUGCAAUGGCUCGAAGAUGCAGGCAUUGAUUUAUCCUCUGUGCAUCUUAAGAAGGCGGCUGCGAUUCUUGAGUUCUCUGCUCCUGUGAAGCAACUUGGGAAGAUGCUCGGAGCUGGCGUUCAUGUUAUGCACAACGAUGCGACUGGUGAACUUCGCCUCGAACCUACCGACCACGCAGUUCCGUCUGCAAUUCAGGACGAUGUUGAGUUCAUUGAUUUGGCUCCAUCCCAGAAAGCUGGCAAGACCAAGCGCAGCCGUGCAGUCAAGCCUGUUCUAGAUACCCUGCCACCGCCUUACAAACUCCCAGUUGCAGAUGAUCUGCGCAACUGUAGCGAAAGCUGGACUCCAGCUUGUAUCCGAAAGCUGUAUGGCGUUCCUCUUGGAACCAAGGCCGCAAAGAAUAACUCCAUGGGUCUUUUUGGAUACGGCGACCCUUAUCAACCAGCUGAUCUCAACCAAUUUUGGGCAAAGCACGCACCAUUCAUCCCCAAGGGAACCAAACCCAAAGUCAACAGCAUCAACGGCGCCGUAGCAGAAGGUGAACCAGUCGAGGGCGAAGAGUUACUCGACAUCGAAAUGUCGUACCCCAUUGUGUACCCCCAGACCGUUACAAUGUUCCAGACUCCCUAUAACAACAAAGGAGGUCUUGCGAAUGACUUCCUCGACGCUGUUGACGCAAGCUACUGCAAGUAUGACGGCGGCGAUGAUCCUGAUCUUGAUCCUACAUUCCCUGUCUUUGGUGGCUUCCAGGGCCCUGCUAUGUGCGGCAAGUAUCAGGUUACGAACGUCGUUUCAAUCUCUUUCGCGAUUGAUGAGCAAACUUUAACUCGACGUUACAUCCAGCGUCAAUGCCAUGAGUGGAUGAAGUUGGCUCUUAGCGGUGUCAGUGUUCUUGUCGCUGCUGGAGAUCGUGGUGUUCAAGGUGCGACACAGUGUACUGUGAAUCCUUACGAUAAGAAGAAGGAAGCUUUCAACGCUCUCUUCCCAGGAUCUUGUCCCUACGUCACAGCUGUUGGAGCGACACAGGUCAACUUUACUGGCAGCAGAACCAAUGAAGUUGCUGUCUUUGAUCCCAAGCACAACUUUUACUCUGGAGGCGGUUUCAGUAACAUGAACGCACAGCCAGCUUACCAGCGCAAAGCUGUCGCUAGCUAUCUCGCAGCCAACAACCCCCACUACCCCAAGGGAACAUACAACAUUUCUGGACGCGCCUUUCCAGAUGUCGCACUCUUGGGAGCGAAUGUGACUUUCCUCCAAGAUGGAAAGACUACGAUCAGUGGAGGAACCAGCGCUGCAACUCCGAUGUUCGCGGCGAUGAUCAACAGGAUCAAUGAUGAGCGAUUGCUAGCGGGGAAGAAACCAAUCGGUUUCUUGAACCAGAUUCUGUAUCAGCACCCUGAAGUCUUCACUGAUAUUACCCAAGGCUCUAAUCCUGGUUGCGGCACGGCGGGGUUCAAAGCGGCCAAGGGUUGGGAUCCGGUCUCGGGAAUGGGCUCACCCAAGUUUCCCAAGCUUCGGGACUUAAUGGACGCCGCUCUCCUUCCAAUUAAUGAGCAAGUCGCCCGCUUUCGUCAAGCAAUAGAAUGCAACAAAACACUCAUGACCGUUUUAUCGCGCGCCGCUGAAAUGAAGCUCCCCAAUUGGUAUCUCGCCGCCGGUGCACUCACGCAAACGGUCUGGAAUGUCGGUACCAACCGCGACCCAGAACUUGGCAUUGACGACUACGACUUGAUCUACUUCGACGACUCAGAUCUCUCAUGGGAGGCUGAGGAUGCUGUUAUUCAGGCUGGCAAGAAGAUAUUUGCGGAUAUUCCUACUGAAGUUGAGAUCCGCAAUCAGGCACGCGUGCAUCUCUGGUAUGAGAAGAAGUUUGGCAAGCCGUGCCCUCAGCAUCGAUCUAGCGAGGCAUCUAUGACUACUUGGGGGACCAACACUGCGCUUAUUGGUGUGCGAUUGAGAGAGGAUGGAGAAUGGGAUAUCUUUGCGCCAUGGGGAUUCUCGGACAUGUUUACAAUGACGGUGCGCCCGAAUCAGUUGAUCAUGACAGAGGAGACAUAUCACAAGAAAGUACAGCGAUGGAUUAAGCUAUGGCCCGAGUUGACCAUCAUGCCUUGGAAAUAA